AUGGAUGAUUGUUGGGAGAAUUUGUUCUCUGAUUUGGAUAUGAACAAUGAUAACUCCUUCAACCAAUGGCAAACAAAUUCUUUUCUUAACUUUGAAGAGCAUCUCACGCAGCAACCAAGCUUCUCUACUCAAACUCAUUUGAAGGAAGUUUACAACUUGGAGCAACUGGGCCAAUCUUGGCCUCAUUUAUCAUCGAAAAGGACCCUAAACUUUGAAUCCAGUGUGAGUCAAGGAACAAAGAGGGCUAGAAGCUCUUCGGAGACACAUGAUCACAUAAUGUCCGAGAGAAAAAGGAGACAAGAAAUGGCAGAGAAAUUCAUAGCACUUUCAUCUAUUAUUCCUGGCUUGAAGAAGAUAGACAAGGCCACUGUACUUGGGGAAGCUAUUAAUUACGUGAAACAACUUCAAGAACGCAUUGCAAUGCUGGAGCAAGAAAGUAAGAAGAAAAGUUCCAACUCAAUGAUCUUUAUUAAGAAAUCUAUAUCUCAUCCUAGCUGCUCUCAUGAUUACUGGGAACCCAAUCAAGUGCUCCCUGAAGUCGAAGCAAGAGGCAUAGAGUUAGAAAAGGAACUACUAAUUAGAAUCCAUUGUGAGAAACGAAAGGGCAUCUUGCUCAAACUAUUGACCCUACUUAAAAAUAUACAUCUCUCGAUUGCUAGUAGCAGUGUACUUCCAUUUGGAAAAAAUACCCUCAACAUUACCAUUAUUGCUCAGAUGGGUAAGGAAUACAACAUGACAGAGGAUGAAUUGGUGAAAAACUUGAGAAAGGAGCUUUUGAAGUUAUAUGACAUGUAA